AUGCCUGCUGUAAAGAUUGCACCGAGUGUGUUGGCAUCUGAUCUGGGCAAUCUUACGCACGAGGUUCAGCGGAUGCUUGCUUGUGGCGCAGACUGGCUCCAUAUCGAUAUCAUGGACGGUCACUUUGUGCCCAACAUUGUCAUGGGAGCGCCAAUCCUCAAAUGUGUACAUGAGCAGCUGCCGGAUGCAUUUAUGGACUGUCAUAUGAUGGUGACACACCCGCAACAGUGGGUCAAAGAUAUUGCGGCUGCAGGUGGUUCCUCAUACACAUUCCAUUUGGAAGCGCAAGGCGAUCCGCUCGAGACCGUUCGCAUUAUCAAGGCAUCCAAUAUGCGCGCAUCACUUGCAAUUAACCCAGGUACGCCUGCGGAUGCGAUCCCCAAGGAAUUGGCAGACGCGGUCGAUAUGAUUCUCAUCAUGACUGUAUGGCCCGGAGCGGGUGGACAGAAAUUCAUUAAGGAGUGCAUGCCAAAGGUAGCGCAGCUUCGUGCGCACUAUCCCGAUCUCGACGUGGAGGUUGAUGGCGGGGUGGGCCCGAAUACGAUCGACGCAUGUGCCCAUGCAGGCGCAAAUGUCAUUGUCGCGGGCACUGCCGUGUUCAAGGACCCUAAUCCAGAGUCGGUGAUUACCUUCCUUCGGGAGCGCUGCGAAGAAUCACAGGUGCGCAUUCGCAAUGAGCGCGAGCAAUUUUUGAAGGGCGAGAAGAUCGGUGCUCAAAGUUCUGAUCCUGCUUGCGACUUUACCACGUACCUCGGACAGAAUUCGCAAACGUAG